UUGUAGGCUGCAUAAAAUGUGUACCUCUUGGAAUGCAAAGUGGAGUUAUUUCCAAUUCCAGCAUCACUGCCAGUGAUACCUGGUCAUUGGCAUAUCCAUAUUGCGCAAGAUUACACAGACAACCAGGCAAUGUCGAUUUUGGAUACUGGGCACCGAGGGCACCUAUGAAGGUCGGGCAUUGGGUGCAAGUGUACUUAGGCCUCAAGGAAGCUACRAUUACUGGAGUUGGUACUCAAGGCGCGCCUGAUCGUGAACAGUGGACAACAAGCUAUAGUCUUGAGUACAAGGGACGCAGCGGUAGURGUUUUAAGAAAUAUCAAAACGGGAAGGUUUUUCCUGGAAACACCGACAAAGACACCGUUGUAAAGAAUGCCCUCGACCCUGCCAUCAAAGCCAUGUACUUCAGAAUUCUUCCUCUCUCUUGGAAGGAAAAGAUUGUACUGAGAAUGGAACUGUAUGGAUGUUAUGACUGAAGAAACUGAUGGGCGAAAGUUUCAUUCAAGGCAGAAAARAGAGCUGUUGAUCUUAUUAUUCACUUUGAGGAAUGAAGUAUGAAAAUAAUCAAUUAAAAACAAAUAAAACCUGAAAAGGGCUGUAUGAA